AUGAUGAUGAUAUUAAUUAUUAAGCUAGAAGACAACCAACGCUUAUCACUGGAAACGGACCCAAAUUUCGCGCUUUCCUUCUUCGUGCUCAUCGCGUUUGUGCUUUCAUGGUUACCAGUGAUCGUCGUGCGCUUUGUGCCGCAAUCAGUUCUCGGAGCGGCGGAUUUGGCAACGGUAGACUUUGUGUUCGUUUGGCUGGCAAUUGGCGGGCCCUCCUCUAAGUUGCUCAUAUCCGUUUUUAUCAGUCAGGAAUUCCGCUCUGCCCUCGGCCAGUGUAUUUCUGCCCUUUGCCCUUGUUGCUAUUUGGCUACUUUUGCUGUACGCCAAAGGCGUCGCUCAGAUUAUCGAAAUUUAUCUGAUCGACGCUUGAAUCCUCCUAAUUAA